UUCUAGUCCUCUGCCAGAAAGAGCACCACUGCUGAAACUGUGUGAAAGGAAAUGAGAAGAAAUAACAGUGCAGAUAAUCUGCGAAGGGGCUGGAGGCCUGUUAUCUGGCUACUGGCUGCUUUCCUGACGUCUCUGCUCAUAGUCCUUCUAAUGAGCUCAAUUCUGCAGUUUGGUUAUCUGAAUGUAUCAAAACGAGCAGCUCCAGCCAAUGGGACCACAUCUACACCCCCACCUCCUUCACAAGUCCGUCUUGUCAAUGGCCGGAGCCGAUGUGAAGGUCGUGUGGAGAUACUGCACAAUGGCACAUGGGGCACUGUGUGCGAUGAUGACUGGGACAUGAAGGAUGCCAAUGUGGUGUGUCGGCAGAUCGGGUGCGGCCUGGCGCUCACAGUCUCUGGGAGCACAGUGUUUGGGCAAGGCACCGGUCCCAUCUACUUGGACAACGUGGACUGCAAAGGCAGCGAAUCAGGGCUGAGCGACUGCGGAAGUCUGGGAUGGGGAGUCCACAACUGUUACCACUACGAGGAUGUGGCUGUGACAUGCAAUGAUAUGUUUAUCCCAGGAGCAAGGGAACAUAAUCACACUACUCCCACUCCACAAAGAAACGGACAUGGAGAGGGCAGCAUCCGCUUGGUUGGUGGUGCCGACACCUGCCAAGGCAGAGUGGAGGUGUUCUACAGAGGUAGCUGGGGGACUGUGUGUGACGAUGACUGGGGAAUGAGGGACGCCAGCGUGGUGUGCCGGCAGAUCGACUGUGGCCCGGCCCUGGAUUUCACCACCAACGCCUACUUCGGCUACGGCACGGGGCUCAUACUCCUGGACAACGUGAACUGUGACGGGAACGAAGCCUACCUGUCAUCCUGCUAUAGCCUGGGCUGGGGAAUCCACAACUGUGGCCACCACGAGGAUUCUGGAGUGGUCUGUGCAGGCUCUGGGACAUCAACAGCUGCUUCCAACAUCCCUUCAACGAUGGGCAGAGCCAAUGUGCUUUUACCAGACACUACUGCAGUUACAGAUAUCACUGACUCAGUGACUCAGGAGAUAACGCUGUCUACAACUCAAGUGGUACCUGCAGGUAAGAACAAGAGUGCUGGAGUAUUAAUCAUCCGCAGCAAGGAGUCUGGACCAGACAUUUUUACCACCUUCAGACACAUCAUUCCCUUUAAUAAUAAAACCAACAAAAACGGUGUAAACUUGGACCUCCUACCAGCAGGGGGCUCUAUCCGUGUGGUGAAUGGGAACAGCAGCUGCCACGGCAGGGUGGAGGUAUUCUACGACAACGCCUGGGGGACGGUGUGCGAUGACGACUGGGACAUGCUGAACGCCAAGGUGGUCUGCAAGCAGCUCGGCUGUGGUGCUCCCGUCGAAGCCAAACUGGCCGGCUACUUUGGCUACGGAAGCGGCCCCAUUCUGCUGGAUAACGUGGACUGCGAUGGAGACGAGGCGUACCUGUCUGACUGCUUCAACCUGGGCUGGGGGCAGCACAACUGUGGCCAUCACGAGGAUGCAGGGGUCAUUUGCAGAGGUAUUGAAACACCCAUGAAGCAAUCUAAAGAAUACCUCACAGAAGUCACCACAACCUCAACCCAAGCCCCUAAAGAAGGGGCGGUGAGGCUGAUGGGUGGCAGGCAUCGCUGUGAGGGCCGUGUGGAGCUGUACAUGGAGUCCCGCUGGGGCACGGUGUGUGACGAUGCCUGGGAUCUGAAGGGCGCCCGGGUGGUGUGCAGGCAGCUCAGCUGUGGGGACGCCACUGCGGCCAGGGAAGAGGCUUACUUUGGCCAGGGCAGUGGCACCAUAUUCCUGGACAAUGUCAAGUGUAGAGGCAAAGAGAGCUCCCUCCUGCACUGCUCUCAUAUCCGCUGGGACGCCCACAACUGCAACCACUCUGAGGACGCCGGGGUGACCUGCGAGCGAUCAUGAUCAGCUUCAAAACCUUACAGGGCUGCAGAACACCCCGUAGCGUUGACAAGAAACGCAUCACGCUUUACUCCAAUGCCCUGUGUUGUACUGCAGCCCCACAGAAUAUGCAGGUUCUAAGAGAAACUUGUUUAAUAUCUUUAAUACGAUUGUUUUGAGAUUUUUAUUUGAACAGAUCAGCCAGGGAAUUAUUCUCGGUGGGGUUCAAUGCCUUCAAUCUGCCCUUCGCAGCCGGCUGUGUUUGUAUUACAAACCUUUCCCAUUCCUGCAACAAAGCUGCUGCUUUGGCUAUUGUCGGAACAGAAGAAUGGCAUGAGCUUUGUUGCAGGAGGGAGCGUUGAUCUGGGUACAGAAUGCUGUGACGGACAAAAAGUAGUUGCCGGAAAACUGCUAGAGGAAGUGUAAAUAAAAAUAUCAAAACAAGAAAAAAGAUACCACUACAAAAUGUACAACACAGGAAAGAGCACAGUAAUGUUUUUUCUUGCAAGCACUUGGGGGUGUUCUGUAACCCUUUCAAGGUGUAGUAACUAAGGUUUUGAAAUCAAUUUUCCCGCUCUUGACUGGCUUCAGCAGUCUUUUCUCUGCCCCUUUUAUGAUUUGGUUAUUUUUUGGGGGGUGUUUUCUUAACUCACGCUUUUGAAGGUACUAUACAAUUGAGCAGCCCUGUCCUCCAUAUCGGUCUGCAUUGAGAAGGCUCUGUGUUGGAAAGUGGGAACUAUAACAUGGACCAACGUGAGGGAAAGGAGUGUUCUUUAUAUUCCGCUCCAUCGUGAUCAAGGGAACAGUGAAAAUGGCACUGAAGCUAAAGAAAGCCUUAGGGUCGACCCCUUUGCUGGGACCCUGAACAUCUGUAAAUCUAUACAUUGUGUAAAUAAUCUUAUCAAUUACUAUUAUGCACUUUAUAAAUGUCAAAAGGAUUUUGCUCUAAAACGUUAGGUUUAUAAAUAGUUACGGUUCUUGAAAAAGCUUUUUAUUGGUGUUUAAUAGUUGAAGGUUUAUAAAUAAUUUAUUUAGGAUAAAAAAACACAGAAUUCAUACAGCUCUCAAGGUCAAAUUUAUAUAUAAUUCAAAAUAUGACAUUACAUGACAUUUCUAUGUAGUUCCUGUGAAGUUCCAACCACCCUCAUGUUAUUGAAGUCUGAUCCUAACCUCCAUUUACAUAAAACAAGGCAGGAGUCUGGGGGAAUUUGCCCUAUGAUUCACUGUCAUACUCUUGUAUGAAUGUUUGCCCAAGACGAACUGAGAGAGCUAGCUCCAUUUCUGUUGAUUUUUGAAAUAAUCUAUUUCAUCAGUGCCUGUUUGAAAUCAUGUUUCUUAAACUUCAAGUAGGCAUAACCAAAGGUUCCAAAUCUAGCAUCUUAUUAGCAUUACCACCUUAAUCACUUACAAAAUGGUUCUUUAUCGCUUACGGUGUUGUGGGUCACUGUAGGUGCCAGGAAGCAACAGUUCAAUCUGCCUUGUAGCUGCUUUAUUGUAAUAUAUACGCACACCACACAAUAACAAAAUAUCAAACGAUAGGAAAGAAAAGGGAAAGGAGAACCAGUACUAAUAGGAGUCGAGGAAAUUGAUUCUAAAGUAUAUGUUAUCACUCCUCUGAAGAGAAAUGAACAUAAACAAUGUAACGCACAAUGCCAGCACGCCACUUCUUGCCCGUCUUUGUGUUUUCUGGAUGCUGCAUAAUGAUUGGUAACCAAUGUUUAAAAUGUAAUUAAUGCUGUGUAUUAUCAGUAAAAAUAUUAUAAU